AUGGGUUAUAAUGUUAUCAUUUUACCCUUUUUAGCUCUAUGUUUGCUUCAAUAUUGCACUUAUGCACAUGUUAAGUCACUCAAUGCUUCUAUAUCCAGUUUUCAACCUGCAGUAGCAACAUUUUAUGGCCCUCCAACUGGAGCAGGAUCUGAAGGAGGAGCUUGUGGAUAUACAGAUGCUGUAUCAAAACCCCCUUUUAAUUCCUUUAUUUCUGCUGGAAAUGGGCCACUUUUCAAGAAAGGCUUGGGCUGUGGAGCUUGCUACCAGGUUUUAUGCAAACUAGCCCCUUGCACAGGAAGACCAGUAACUGUAACGAUUACAGAUGAAUGCCCUGGCUGUUCAGGCUCUAUUCAUUUUGAUUUAAGUGGAACCGCAAUGGGUGCUUUAGCCAAACCUGGUCAAGCUAACGCGUUACGUAAUAUAGGAAAUAUCCCAAUUUCUUACCAAAGGGUGCCAUGUCAUUACCAGAACUGGAAAAUCGCGUUCAAGGUGGAUCAAGGUUCAAACCCGAAUUUCUUAUCAGUAAAUGUUGAGUUUCAAAAUGGAGACGGUGAUCUUAGUUUAGUCGAAUUUUUACCAGCAAGGUCAAAUCAAGCGAUAAGAGCGAAUCAUGUAUUUGGUGCAACAUGGAGCAGUAAUAUUAAUCCGGCAGCACCUUAUUCAAUUAGGCUUACAACUGGGUCUAACAAGAAACUUACUGCUACUAAUGUUAUUCCAGUAGGAUGGCAACCUGGACGCACUUACCGGUCUAAUGUCAAUUUUUAA